CGUCUGGCGUUUGCACAAAUCUACUGAAUGAAAUAAUCCUAAAUUGCCUUUGAGAAGGACGUUUAGAAAAUCGCCCUAAAAUUGGUCUGCACGAAAAACUGCUGACGUGCGCAAGUACGAAACACUGCAAGAUAACAUAUCGGAUGUUAGGUUGACCGGCUCGUAAAGAAGAUAGUGGUAUAUAUGAUAGUGACAAAAUAAUGAUACGCUCAACAAGUAUGAAGCCACAGAAAAAAUCCAAACCACCGCCCUUAGUUCUGUGCAGCUCGGAGGCUCAUUAUUGGCCUCUUCCCAGUCCUCUCGCUGAAUUCGCAGCAAUCGCUACAAGUCCUGAGAGCCCAUUGGUCAAAGAAAUGUCAUGUGAUAAUAUGUCGUCGGUUAGUAACGCCUUCAAGCUUCCCAGUAUCGAACAUGUUACUCCGUCAACUGAUCCGUGCACUUCAGACUUGUCGUCAUGUAGUGAAACUCCCCUGCUUACCACCCCUUGCUCAUCAUUUUGGGAGAGAUUUAAUCAAGACCUAUCGAGCCAAACAGACACCAACUGUGCGUCAAUAAAAUACACAAGUCUUCAAGUAGAUGACAGAUCCAUGGAAACCACGAAGACGUCCACCUUGUUUCGACCUCACAACAUGAAAGACAUUAAACGAGAAUUAUCCAACGUUGACGACAACAACUCCUCUACAUCGUUCAACAAUCAGUCUCCUUGGUCAAAAUACUACACGCAUGAAAACUUGAGUCGUCUUGGGAUACCUUGUCGAGAGUUGUUGCUUGGUGAUGUCUGUAUUCCACUUUGCAACACAAAAGAAACAACUCCACAAAAUGAACAUUUUGCCGGAAAGACACAAGAUACAAAACCAUCUGUUCUUUUUGACUUGGAUUCGGCAGCCCAAGCAUUGAGUAACAUGGCCAAGAGAAAGGAACAACAUGUUGAAUACAAAAGAAAGCUAGAAUCGACUUUGAAGAUUGUGAAAAAUAAAGGAACUCGUGUCAGAAAACGAAAAACCUCAAAUUCAUCAGCACGAAGACCUAUGAAUGCAUUUAUGUUGUUCGCGAAACGAUUUCGACUGGAAAUCACAAGAAAACAUCCCGGAAAAGAUAACAGAGCAAUCAGCGUAAUUCUCGGAGAUGAGUGGAAAUCCUUAAGUUCAGAAGAUCGUAAGGUGUACAUCUUGGAAGCAAAGUCUCUUGCGGAGGAGCAUAAACGGAUUUACCCUGAUUGUUGGAAAAGAAAACGUACAACACAGGUCUCAUCAAGAGGGAAUCGAAAACAUUGAAAAACCCAAGAUGUACAUACAUACAACAGAAUGUUUCCAACAAGCUUGAAAGAACAAUGCUUUUCAAUCCAUUUAUCUUGGUAUUCACGGGAGCACAGGGCUGGAUUGAUACGCUGUUGGUCCUGGAACUUCGGGACUGAAUGUGUGGGCCUUAAAUAUACAUAUAUUUAAAUUUAUAAUAUCGCUUUUUGGUUGUUUCCAAAGAAAAGGGCCUAUUAAACUAUCUUUACACCUGGGCCUGGAGCUGCCGCCUCAUCCGUCCCUUGCGGAGUAUACACAAAUGAUUUGACCUGGAGGGUGGAGGGUGGGGGUAGCAUUGUCGCUACAAGCCGGCACAAGCAUAAGGGUAAUCGUGUAGAGUUGAAACAUCUCGAGGGUUACCCCCUGCCUCCCUCCUCCGCAUCUACGGCCCUGGGCCCAGCAUUGGCAAUGUAUAGAUCUUUCAUCAUCGUUCCCAGGUUUUUUGAUAGAGGCUUUAGAGGUAUUGGUAAUGACAUGAAAUA